UUUCCCAUGAUGCAGCGGGAGGAGCUCAUACGGAAGUGGUAGGAGAAGUCAGCUGACCGAAGUGGCGUUUGGCUCCGAGUUGGUUUGGACGCCUCCAGGGGAGUUUCGGGUGUUCCGGAGCACAUUUCACGCCGUGCAGGCAGGCAGGGAGCCAGGCAGGGAGCCAGGCAGGGACCGCACCGCACCGCCAUGUUACGACCCAAGGCGCUGACUCAGGUGCUGAGCCAGGCCAACACCAACGGAGUGCAGAGUACCCUCCUUUUGAAUAAUGAAGGCUCUCUGCUGGCCUACUCCGGUUACGGAGACACGGACGCACGAGUGACAGCCGCCAUUGCGAGCAACAUCUGGGCUGCCUAUGACAAGAAUGGCCAUCAAGCCUUCAAUGAAGACAAACUUAAAUUCAUCCUGAUGGAUUGUAUGGAAGGCAGAGUGGCCAUCACACGGGUAGCCAACCUACUCCUGUGCAUGUAUGCCAAAGAGACCGUCGGCUUUGGAAUGCUUAAAGCCAAGGCGGAAGCUCUGGUGCAGUACCUGGAGGAGCCGCUGACCCAGGUGGCAGCAUCGUAGAGCAGGCCGGCUGUCUGACUGGUCCCCUGCCUGCAGGCUGUGUUGGCCUCACACAAAGUGUUCUAUGAUCAGUUUCUACUGUUUGUUUUCUUUUUGGACAUCGUGUAUAUAGAUGAUCAAGGUGUGUGUGUGUGUGUGUGUGUGUGUGUGUGUGUGUAUAAGUGAAUGUGUGUGAUUGGGUGUGUGCAGAGUGUUUCCUGCUUUGAAGGAAAUCUCACUCAGUUGGUCCGUCUGCAUGUCUAACUUAAGUGUGUAUGCAGGGCUGCAGAAGUGACUUGCAUGUCCUCUGCAGCUUUGCUUCACCAUACUUCUCACAACACAGCGGAGCAGACAACUCUGAAUCCUGGCUGGGUGGGAUUUUAUAUGACCAAGGUGUGGAAGCUCAUUUAUGUCAUUGGUAAGACAAGAGAAAUCAAUGUGUUUUUGCUGGAAGGCUGUAAAAUAAAAGUGUUGGCAUCACUGGUCA